CUCAAAAUGGGAGAGACGUUAAUUCCUUUGUCGGCAAACUAUCCCAAAGUCAACUGGCUCAACAUUAGGUACCAAAAUAUGGACAAGUUGGCCGAUUACGCCAUUAAAGUCAUGAACAAGGACCAAACUGUGACGGUAAGUUCACGAAAUUAUUGUUCAUUCUGAGAUUUUCAGACUUUAACUCUCUCCUCUGGAGGUCAAAGCUUUUCAUAGUGACCUGACAAUAGGCAGCAAGCGCCUUUUGGAGGUGGCGUACCCGAUUUCAGGAAAGCCAAAAAAAUUGUUAUUAACAGACAUCGAUGCAGACGUCCUUAAAUUGGCUUUCGAGUAAAAGGCUUGAAAUAGUAUUCAAAUAUCUAAUUUUGACAAAUGCUUUUUAGGUUCAUCCACCUUAACGGCAACCUGUUGUCCGAAGUGGACAGUUUUGACACUUGCGUGCAGUUAGCUGUUGCUGCCGAUCGGUUCGAAAUCAUUGGUUUGGACCAGUUUAGCGCCAAAUUGUUGAUGAACAAGUUCCUCUCCGCGGAGAACGUGUGGAACGUCUUAAACUCGCACUACAAAAGUUUUGUUAUCUCUACGACUUGUCUCAAGUUUCUGAGUGUGAACACCAAGGAAUGCCUGCAAAAUGAAAGUUUCCGCGACCUUGAAGAAGAACCGUUCAGGUUAUUCUUGUCCCUGAGAGAUAUGGCUGAUAUUUCAGAGUUUGAGCUCGUCUCCGCCAGUCUCGAGAUCAGUGAGAGAAAAACUGAUCCACGAGUUUUCUUCCGAAAUUGUUGCCUGCCGAAGCUGCGCCUCCUUGCCCUCAAUGCUGAUGAUUUUUCCAACCUUCCGCGGCUCUUCUCCUACCUGACGCGCGAAGAGCAGGAAUACCUCGCGUUUUACUCCGCGAGUCCUUCUCAACGCUGUUUUAUCGACCUGCCGCCCACGCCGAAAACAAUUUGUCCCAACCCAACGAAGAUGAGAACCAGGGGAGCCAGGAUUUUGGAUUUGGUUCCUGAGCACGAAAUCCAAAGUUCAAAGGUCAUUUUCAGGGAGGGAAAUUGGUUUGAGCCCCAGGGCAGUCUUGAAUUCUCGCUGGAACUGCGCACCAAGAAAAGCAUUAAACUCACUGGAUUUGAGAUUUUCUGCGAGUUGGACUUGCAAAAGGAAUUUCUGGAAGAGAUCAGAGUGGCAGAGAAAUACCCGUGCAACCUGGAGGGCGAGUGCUCGGUGUCGGUGUUCGAGAAGAGUUUCUGCCGGCAAAUUGAGUUUCCCGCCAAAUUGGAAAAGGACGGCUGGAUGUUUGUGGAGCAUUGCAUGACCUUGCCCGCCGGCGGACGCCUCACUCUGCGGCUGCGGCUCCAGCAACCACGCUUCCUCCGCAUUACGCGUUACAACCCCCUCGGCAGCCUUGAUUUCAAGGAGCACGAAAACACCUUUUUCGAACCUCCGAAAAUCAGCGUCAAGACCGACGAAGGCGAUUUGACGAAUAAUUAUUGCAUUUUGAAGAGAAUCAGCUACGUCGAAUUGUAG